UUAAAUAAAUUAAUUUUUAAUUAUUUUAUCUGUGAUAACUUUGAAAGAAUAUAUUGUGAAUAUUUUAUGGAACGAUUAAUGGAUUUGAGUGUGUGAUAAAUUUGUGUUUUUGUUUAUCAUAAAAGGUCACAUAUUUCCCAAAAAUGGUAAUCCAACUAUCAUCGCAAAUAAACAACACUAAAAAAGAGGAUGGCUUCGCGAACAUCCUCGGCCACAUAGGACGAUGGCAGAUCUUAGUUUGCACUACAGUUUCUCUCGUAAAACUGUCCUCCGGUUGGGUUCAAAUGGCAAUACUCUUUCUCACACCGAAAUUAAACUUUUGGUGCAUUGAAUUUUCUAAUACAAGUCGAAUUACUGACAACUCAACGUGUUAUGAAGAUUGUUUGAAGUACGAAUACGAUCCUAGUCCGUUUGAAAACACGAUUGUAUCAGAAUGGGAUCUGAUCUGCAGCAGAAGUUGGUUGUCGAGCUUCACACAGACAGUCCUGCAAUCUGGGAUAUUAAUCGGCAGUAUUUUGUUUGGAUUUCUGUCUGAUAGAUAUGGCCGAAAGAACACGUUCCUUUUUUCAAUAACAGCUCUCAUUGCCUUCGGAUUCGGCAUCCCUUUCGCACCCGACUACAUCACCUUUACUGUCCUCCGGUUCUUCCUCGGCGUGGCAACAGCAGGAACUAUGGUCGUCUCCUUCGUACUCAUCAUGGAGACAGCCGGUCCAAACUUCAGGGAGAUAUUAGGUUGCUUUUUCCAAAUCCCAUUCAUCAUAGGACAUAUGAGUGUGCCUUUAUUUGCCUAUUUCUUCAGAAGUUGGGACACUUACUGUUUGGCAUUAGCGAUACCUCCUGUCGUAUAUUUUGGGUACUUUUUCUUGCUGACGGAAUCACCAAGAUGGCUGGUCAGUGUCGGACGAGUGAAGGAGGCUACGGUUAUUGUGAAGAGAGCGUGUGAAAUGAACAACCUACCAACUAAUAAAGUCGAAGAGAGUCUCAUAAAGUUAGCAGAGAGUGUCCAGAGCAGUAGCUCAGGGCCGAAGUUGAACUAUUCUGCGCUAUUCCGCAAGUCAUUGUGGCUGAAGACGAUCUGCUGCUGUGUCAUGUGGACUAUCAGUGGGCUAACGUUCUUCGGAUUCAAUCAGUACAUCAGCCAAACCAGCCCUGAUCCCUUCGUUAGCGUCGCAGCUGCCGGAGCUAUACAGAUUCCCUCGAAUAUAUUAUCAAUAUGGUUGAUAAAGUAUCUUGGUAGAAAGAUCACAAUUGUAUUGUUCUUCAUACUGGGAGGUGUCUGUGUCGUGGUGCUGGGAGUGGUUCCUGAUGUAUACUGGAUCACGUUGACGCUCGGGACAUUAGGAGUCAGUUGUGCAGCAAUAGUCGCCACUACUUUAUACAUUUAUACCUCGGAAUUAUUCCCAACUGUAGUCAGGAACAUGGCUAUGGGUUCAAGUUCCAUGUCAAUGAGACUUGGAUCCAUGAUAGCACCUUUUGUAUCCAAUUUAUCAUUAACAGUGUCAUGGUUACCCACCUUGAUAUUCGGUUUCGCACCUAUAGCGGCUGGAAUUGUUUGUUUAUUACUCCCAGAGACGAAAGGAACAACACUUACUGAUAGUUUAGAAGAAGAUUAA